AUGAACAAGACGACAUACACCUACAAGACAGUCGAAUUGGGCCAAUGCCUCGAGGCUGAUGUGUACUACUGCCCCCGGAGUAGCAGCCCGGCCUCCCCGGCCCCGAUCGCUCUCGUGAUCCACGGAGGGGGGUUCACAGCCGGAGGGAAGGAGUGUAUUCCGGUCAACCAGCUAGAGGAGCUGGUCGCCCUCGGCUUCGUCGUCGUCUCUGUCAACUACCGGCUGUGCCCGACCAUCUCCCUCGCCGACGGUCCACUUGCAGAUUGUAAUGACUGCUAUACCUGGUGCAAAUCGAACCUGCCGGGUCUGCUGGAGAGAGAAUUGGGAUUUGCAGCCGACCCGGGACGGAUAGUCGCAUUGGGCCACUCGGCCGGAGGCUAUCUCGCUCUGAUGAUGGCCCAAAACACCCAGUCCCCCGUCGCUAUCCUGGACUUUUACGGGGCCAAGUAUCUGUCUGACGAUGUUUGGCAUCGCCCUAAUCCGAAGAUGCCGAGGUUGAACUUCCCCAAGGAGCUCCUGGACCAGAUAUGGCUGGAAGUGCCACCACCAUCAACCUCCAUUCUCGCGCAAUCCGACCUUCCGGGUCAGGGAACUGGCCCUGAUUUUAGACGGCCUCGGAUUGCAUGGCUCGCCUCGGCCCUCGCCAACGGAACGCUGUUACAGCACAUCAUCCGUCCGGGCGACUACACGCGGUUGGACCCAUCGACGUAUUUCAAGCCAGGAUUCCCGCCUGUCUUCUUCAUCCACGGUACGGCCGACAAGCUGAUUCCAUUCCAACUGACCGAAAAGUCGCAUUAUGCGUUGCGACAGUGCGAGGUGGAGACAGUAUUGAGGCUCGUGGACGACGCGGACCACGCGUUUGAUGAAAAGGUGCAUCGAGAUGAUCCGGCGUUUGAAGCUAUCAAGGAGGGUUUCAGGUUCUUAGCCAAGCACGCAAAUCUGCUAUGAUAGUGAGUCUAAACAAACCACAUGAAGAAUUAGUGAGAGAGUACCCAAAGCAAAUAGUAGAGGGAUGGAGCAAUAGCCCGUCUGAAGGUUAUCACAGCAAGAUACCAUAAUCUGCCCUUUAGCUGCGCUUGGUCAUUUCAAUAUAUAUUCU